GAGAAGCUAAAGUGAUCACCAAUAUGGGACAAAUUGCAUCAUUUUAACUGUUUCAAACGUUUGAUUGUUAUAUACAGUGAACUUUCCGGAUGAAUACUUGCAUGACAAUUAUCACAACGAAAUAGACUGUAUCUUUUUGGGAGAUUCAUGUAUGUGUGAAUGAACGCCGAAGAAGCUUUUUCCAAAAUCAGUCAGAACUACAUAAACACGAUUUUUCUAACGUUUCUUUUAUUGAAAAUUAAAGUUACCUAUCAACAAGUAAAACUGAUAUUCUUCCUGGAUCUAGUUAUGACGUCACUGAUAUCAUAUCUAUUGUCAUUGUUUGUGAAGACAAAUUCUAAUAUUCGGCAGAACAAGCAUAAUAUACCAUUACCUACUAUCUGUCACCUGGAAAUCCCUGAUUCACUUAUAAGAGAUCGAGCAGUUUUUGUAAUGGGCGACAUACAUGGCUGUCACGAGGAAAUGUGUGAAAUGAUAGACAACGCUAAACGCAUAGAAAAUGAUCCGAUUUUCGUAUUUGUAGGGGAUCUAGUUAACAAAGGCCCAGACAGCGUCGAGGUUGUGCGUGCAAUAAGAGAAAUGUCCCUCAGUUGUAAUGCUUUUGCCGUCCGUGGAAAUCAUGAUGAAAGUGCUCUUAGCCAACACAGACAUUUCAAACUUGACCCUGAGUAUGAACUUCCAGAUAAGUAUCAAUGGAUAAAGGGAUUAAACGACGAUGAUAUUGAUUUUUUAAAUGCUCUACCUUAUACCAUAUCAAUACCGUGUCUCAAUGCCUUGGUUGUACACGGCGGAUUAGUUCCAGGAAAGCCACUAGAUAGACAGAAAUUGAAUGACUUAACCAACAUGAGAAAUGUGAUAGAUGCCGGUGACCCUUUUGAAAGUGAAGGACUUAUUGGAUAUAAUAAAUGUGACAAGGGAGUUGCUUGGGCUAACAUGUGGCCCGGUCCUGAACACGUUUAUUUUGGUCACGAUGCCAGAAGAAAAUUGCAGCUUGCACAAUAUGCGACAGGUCUCGAUACGGGUUGUUGCUAUGGAGAAUUCUUAACGGGUGUGUUCGUAAAUAAAUCUCGCCAGCGCCUUACAGUAAAUUCCAAACAAACAUUUUCGUUUGAUGAAGAAUAAACAAAGAUAUUGUUUGAGUGAACAUUUGUAAAAACAUCAAACAACUCAUUCCUUGUCUAUUUACAGUUGACAUAUCAUUUCUAUGUAUAUUUUAUUUUCGUUUACAUGUGUUUACUUUAGGUAUUGAAAUUGGGUAUGGAUGAUUGCUAAAACAGAAUUUACAUUCCAAAGUUUUCUACUGACACAUUAUUUCUUUGAUUAGUUUUUGUGUCGCCUCUACGGAGUAGUGGCGACAUAUAGGGAUCACUUCUCCGUCGUCUGUCUGUCCGUCCGUCUGCCCGUCCGUCACAAAACUUGUCCGGACUACUCCUCAUAAACUACUGGUGCAAUUUCAUCCAAUCUUUACAGGAAUGAUCAGUACCAAGUCUAGUUGUGCAUAUUGUCAGCAUUUUCCGGUUCAAUGAUUUUUUGUCAGAGUUAUGGCCCUUUAAUAAUUUUUAUUUUUAAAGUUUGUCCGGACUACUUCUCUUAUACCACUAAUGCAAUUUCAAUGAAACUUUACAGGAUUGAUCUGUAGCUCAAGUCCUUGCGCAUAUUGCACGGGUUUUCCGGUUGAAUGAUUUUUGGCCGAGUUAUGGCCCUUUGAUAAAAAGGUGUUUUUUUCUGUGUGUUGCCAGAUACAAAAAAGCUUGUCCGGACUACUCCUCAUAAACUACUGGUGCAAUUUUAUCCAAACUUUACAGGAAUGAUCAGUACCAAGUCUACUUGUGCACUGUACGUCUGUCUGUCCGUCUGUCAUAAAACUUGUCCCAACAAGAAAUUGGCCAUCAUGAGGCGACACAUAUGUGAUCACUGAUCGCUCUUGCAUUUGUUUGAAUUUUUUGGGACUUUUUAUGUUAUCGUGUUGUACAUGUGUGUCCGUCUGUCUGUCUGUUCGUCCGACCUUACGAAAAGAUACUUAUGUGGCUACAGAAAAAAUAGGUAACUGUAUUUUUUCAUCGAUGCUAUUUAUUCCUUAAGCUGUUAUACAGAUAUUUCCCUUAAUGUAACUUAAAGGUAAAACGGAGUAGCAAAGUACUGUCCCGUCUGUCCGACCGUUUGUCCGUUAACUAAUGGUUUACGCAAAAUACUUUUAAUGGAUUUCAAUGAUUGUGUUUAUUAUAGCAAUAUACAGGUAAAGUCCAAUUUUUGCUAUAAUCAGUUUAUUAAGUUUUAUGCCCCUUUGAAGCAAAUUGUCCGUGAAAUUAAUAGUCAGCAGGAUAACGUUUGAGGAAGAUUUCAAUGAUUGUGUUUAUAGUUGACAUGCAUGUACGUUAUAAAUGUUAUAAAUGUCAAAAUAUGGAUCAAGUUUGAUUUUUUGUGCAAUCAAUUUAUCAUUGACAAAGUUAUGCUCCUUUAUAUGCAAACAAGUAAAUUCAAUUAUCUUCUAUGGCUAAUGUGCAAUUUACUCAAAAUAUUGUUUUGCCAAUUCAACGGAAAAGGGCAUCAUUAAUUUAAUAAGCUAUAUAUCUAUCUUAAAAGCAUAUUUUUGUCUCUGAUACCUUCUUAAAAUUUGCCCUCGGGCUUAUGUUGCCCGAUUCAGUGGAGCUCUCGUUUUAAAUGAUUUAUGAAAAAGUAUUUAGCACUGUACUAAAACAAAACA